AUCUUCAGUUUAUUUUAAAAAAUGACGAAACCAUUAUGUAAAGCUAUGACAUGCUUCGAUAAAUUCAUUCAAGGUCACCGUCAAAUUUCUCUUCCUUGUUAUGAGCGGACUAACCACACUUCAACAUUCUCGAAGAUUCACUGCUUUUGAAAGUCAAAACGUAUAUAAAAAUAAUGUCAAGGGUUAGAAAAACAGACGACACUCUCGUAGAACUAGCAAGGAUCGAGGUCAAUGAACACCCAGAAAGAAGAAAACUAGACAUAGAAACACUCAGAAACAAAAUUCAGUUGCACCCAGAGUUGAAAAUCCAAACAGAUGACGCGUAUCUCCUACGCUUUUUAAGAGCCUCCUGCUUUGACCACGAGGAUGCAUUUACUCUUAUUCAUAAAUAUUUCGAGAUGAAAGCAGACGAGAGGAACAAACAACUGUUCAGCAAUAUGCGACCGAGUGCCAUUAAGCACGUGCUUGAAGCAGGUGUAACAGGAGAAUAUUAUCAUCGUGAUAAACUUGGCAGAAGAGUAAUAGUUAUAAGACCAGGUCAGACAAAUUUACUAAAAUGAAUGCCUUCAUUACGUUCAGUUUUUGUUGUCUUUGCUUGUAUUUUAUCGCCUAGAAAGUUAAGCAGUUGAUCUAAUGGAUAAAAAGUGAUGAAUGAGGAAACAGGUUUGCAAUGAUGGAAUUGUGUUUUGCGUUCAUCUUGUCGUAAUGAGUGUCCUUCGGUAUAUGACUAUAAGUUAUAAGUGAAUGUAACUUGCGCUCAACUCAAACAAAGACAUUUUCAGAUUUAAUUGUAUAUUCAAUAAAUAAGAAAUGUAUUCUUUACUAAUAUCGUUGUUUGUUAAAAGAUGUCAUUUGUUAUUAAACUUACUUGAACAUGUACACGAAACUAUCAUUGACAUUAACCUUAUCAACAUAUAUGUAUCAAUAUGUAUGGUGAAGUUAUGUCAGGUUGCUUAGAAACACGUUUAGAAGACCACAAAUGCCUCAUAUUUGCGCUUUAUAGUAUAUAUAAACGAGUAUUCCAGUAGAAACACCAUUCUUGUUUGUAGCUAUCGAGUAAGUGUUUUUUCUAUAUAAAUGAUUAUAUGAUAA